AUGGCUCUAUCAGAUGCACGGGACUAUGUGUUGGUCGUGGAAAACAACAAGCAGGAAGCCGCUGAAAUCGCAAAGUCGGCAGCUCGAAAACUUGAAAGCCGCGAGACUACCCUGAUCGAAGUAGUCCAGUCCUUGGGCGAAUACAUCAACGAUGACGACGAGAAAAUCCGCGGUCGAGCCGUGUCCUUCUUGGUCGCCGUGAUCUCGUCCUUGCCUCCGAAAUAUCUCUCCCGCCAACAGAUCCAGGUCCUAUGCCAAUUCUUAUGUGAUCGAAUUGAAGAUGGAGGGGCCAUCAACGGGUUAUCAGAGCUGCAAAGUCUUGACAGAUUUACAAAUGAUAUGGCACAAACGGUUAUGAGAGCGAUAUUCGAGCACUUCUCGGAUUUGCAGAGUCUCAACCAGGCUGGCCGAUACAAAGUCCUCCAGCUGGUCAAUGAGCUUCUCGAGCAUCACCGAAAAGCUAUCAGAGACAUGGGCGAAGAAUCUCUUACCGGCAUUGUCGACUUGGUGGCAGGUGAAAAGGACCCUCGCAAUCUCAUGUUAAUUUUUUCGAUGCUGAGAGUCCUGAUGAUGGAAUGGGAUAUAUCCAAACACGUCGAGGUCAUGUUUGACUCUGUCUACGCCUACUUCCCUAUAACAUUUAGACCGCCUCCCAAUGAUCCAUACGGGAUCACGGCUCAGGAUCUGAAAGACAGGCUGCGAGACUGCCUGGCUUCUACUGGCGCGCUUGCUCCUCAUACCUUUCCUAAUAUGCUGGAUCGAUUAGACUCGACAUCUAACACCGUCAAGAAGGACGUGUUGCAGACACUCGUUGCCUGCUCAAAACAUUACGAUGCCUCUACUAUGAGCCAGUAUUCUAUUACUCUGUGGGAUGCUGUCAAGUUUGAAGUUUUGCAGGCUCAAGAACCCGAGCUUGCUGCAGAAGCCUUGAAGGUUCUGGGAGGGAUUGCAUCAUGCCUAUCCACAGCUCCGACGCACAACACUUCGAGCUCGCCACUUUUACAGUACUUGAAACCCGUGAAUAAGGAGUGUUUAGAACAUCUGCAGGAGCCCGCGUCACGACAAGCAAAGGCUUCGGGAGACAUUGUGAAGGCUGUAGCGUCAGCUUCAGUUCAGUCCUUUGAAAUCGUCAUAAAGGCAAUUGGGCCUUUCUUAUUUACCCUCUAUCAGUCAGCACAGGGUUUGGUGCAACAGCGAGCUGUUUUGGAGGUCGCUAAUCAAAUAUUUGAGGCCUCGAUCGAAGUUUAUGGGUCAUGGACGAAACCGAGCCAAAAGAACCCCGAAGGGCGAGAGAAUCCGAUAGGAGAACUUAAGGACAAGUUCGUUGCCGUUUACAGUCAAGCAUUGAUGGGAACUGUGAAGGAAGAGGUUUCGUUUCGUUUGACGGCCGCAAAUGGCUUGCUGCUUGUGUCCAAAAUGAACUCAAUGCUCGCAGACGAUGAGAUUGGACUGUUUGUUCAAUAUUUUGAUGAUAUCGUCCUCAACGAAGAGUCUUAUGGGCGAGAUGAACUGAAAAAGAAGGCCGUUAAUGCCCUAGCCGAGAUAUCACAAUUCAAACCCGGAUUGAUCUCAGAUAUCACUUAUCCUGCUUUUCUGGCCCGCUUGCCCGACUCGGAAGAGGACGUUAUGACAAGCGACUACAACUCUGUCCUUGAAGGGUUGGCUGAAAUCAGUAUCGAAAGAGAGCUGUUGCGGACUUUGAUGCGACGUCUUCUUACCAAAUUGGACAGUCUGUUCAACUCUGGCGGCCGUGCCUCCUACCCCUACACUUGCGCUAUUUUGGCGACCAUCUUGUACGUUCUUGAUCGAGCGGUUUCGGCAGCAAAGACAGAUCUGAGCGACUACUACGAAAGAGUGGUCGUCAACUUGUCUAGAACGGCUUCUCAGACGACAACAGGGCCCCUCGCAAGUGAAAUCGUACUAGAUUUGCUUGGGCGGAUUAUCAACUUGAUAAUUCGAAACAGCACUGCCGAGCAGAUCAGCAGGGCUGCGGCAAACGUCUAUCUGCUUUAUAGGGGAUCCCUUCCCAGCGAAUCGCCCUCCAGUCUCUUGCAACCGCCAUCCGUGGCUCUUCUGUCUACGUGGAUACUAGCAGCUUUACCAAAGAGCAUACAGUCUCCGUUGCUGGACAAAGGCCGACUGCCACAUGUCCUUGAGAAUAUCAUACAAUUCGCAAUGACUACCUCAAACCGUGCGGUCACUCAGAGCUGUCUGCUGCAGGUGGCCUUGUUUGUCAAUAAACACUUCGAUUCUGCUUCCUUAGAAUCCGUUGAUGAGCUACUUGCAAGGACCCUGUUAGCGCUGAAGGACCACCCUAUGGAUGAGAGCAACGCUUCCGACUUCAAUAUUCGCCUAUCCUUCUUCUUGACGAAGGCCUUGGUUCUCAGACUUGCGCCCAGAACGAAUUUCUAUCUCACAAAUCUUGUGGAGUUGCUCGAACAACAUCAGUAUCCUGGAGAGGUCUCGAGGAAAGCCGCAAUGGGAUUUGUCACCAUCCUGUCUCCUGAUGAUGUUUUGUCUAAGCAGAACGGGGCACAAAUUCGACUUCUUGCACCACAACGUGUAUUUCAGAUUCUCGUGCCACUCAUUUCGGACAAGUUUCGAAACUCACAAUCUCCAACGGAGAAAGAGAACUACCUUGUUGCGCUCAGUGGUGUUCUAUCCAACGUACCGUCAGAGAUUGUGAUGCCUGAACUCCCCACUUUGUUACCGCUGCUCCUGCAGUCUUUGGAUCUAACCGAUCAGAUGGUCAAGGUGGCAACUCUGGAAACAUGUGCCGUUGUGAUCUCCAAUAACCCUUCCGCGCUCGAAGAAAGUGGACAUAUUCCAGCGCUCGUGAAGAGGUUGAUCGGUGUUGCAGCUUCACAAAAAUCAGAUUCCGGCACAAAGCCAGCAAAGGCAGGCGCUACGCCCGGGACGCAAAUGAAUCUGCCAAAUACGCGGCGGCUUGCAACGCGGUGUCUCACUUUGAUGCCCAAGUACAUCACUGGCGGUGUCUCUGGGGCAAAUCCACUAAUUGGCCUUAAGCGAGAAGUCUUGUAUGGGUUGAGCAGAGUUCUAGACGAUACGAAACGCGAUGUACGGAAAGAAGCGGUGGAUGCAAGAGCUGCUUGGCUGAGAAACGUGGAUGACAUUAACGAGGAUGAGGACUAG